AUGACUUCCAAGGAAUCCAGUAUUGGGUCCAGCGUUGUUCUUAGUGAGCGAUCGCUGAAGGUCGAGAUGCCACCCCAGCUCCUUCGUGGUGUCUACUUGCAUCAAUGCCUCGGUGGAUGGGGAAGGCAUUGGGCUUCAGCCGACCCAGCCGAGCAGGCUUGCGACUUUCGUCUAAGCCGACCGACGCAGCGCAUCGACAACUUCCUGAGCCACGAUUGGAAGACAUCUCGCUGGCUCAAGCUCGCUGCUCUCCUCGUUGUCUUCAACUCAAGGGCGGCAGCAGUAGCCACUCUGCUGGUCAGUGUAAGUGUCGGAAUCCUACGAGCAUCUAGUGUGCUCCCGGAUGAGGCCUGGACAGUAGCUCUUGGCCACGUCACCUUCUUCUCCGUUUUUUUCGGCUGGCAGAGGCUUCGGUCCUUUUGCCGGCCCCGUACUGUGUUCUUGGACAAGCUUUGCAUAGCCCAACACGAUGCCGCUCUCAAGGAGCAAGGCAUACUGGGAUUAGCAGCUUUCUUGGACAUUGCGGACGAGCUCACCGUGCUGUGGUCCCCCCGCACGCUUCAACGUCUUUGGUGUGUCUAUGAGAUCAGCACUUUUCUUCGCAAGCCGGAGAAGCGAAAGCAAGUCCAUAUAAUUCCAGUUAAGCUGGCACUGAUGCUAUGUGUGAACAGCCUGAGUUGGUUCGUGAUGGCUGGCGGCUAUUCCGUGAUCGCAAACACUUCAGGUCGAGAGGUCAGCUGGGCAAGGACUCUUCUGGGGAGUCUCUGCAUGUGCUUCGCGGCUGUCCUCUUCCCCUGGACCUAUUACGUCGGCAUUGGCAUGAUGGAGGACUUGUCUACCCUGCCCCAGCAGCUUUCCAACUUCCGAAUCCAGGAUGCGGAAAGCAUGUGUUGCUCUCGGCAGCAUGUCCAUCCAGAGACUCAGCAGGAUGUGCCCUGUGAUCGGGAAUUGGUGUUCGCAACUCUGCAGCAAUGGUUUGGCCGGGCAGGCGAUGCGCCUGGCAAGCAUCUAACCGACUUCAACCGCCUCGUACGGAAGGAGCUGGCACCAUCAGUCUUAAAGUCUGUGGGCCGGGACCACCUUCCAGUCUGGUACACGUUGUACAUGGCGGUCAGCGGCAGCACUCCGUUUUUGUCGGACUGUAUCUCUCUGUUGGCCAAGGGACCACCCGGCAACUUGUCCAGCGGUGGGACUGUUAUUUGGGGCAUACGCACUUUCAUAAGUUUUGCGUACGUCCCUGUACUCGCAGUCUUGGCAACUAGAUUGAAUUUGUGCUUUUGCUGGCAUGGAUUCCGGAUGGCACACCAUUCCGCCUGUCGAUCGAGAUUCUGUGUGGCAGUUCUGCUGUCACAGCUUGGAAUCAUCAUUGUUGCUACCUUUUGGGCACUCUUUUUCAUCCCGUCGAGUCAAGUUGAAGCAAGCAGUUGGAUCCCUAUCGUGCCUUUUCUCUUGCUCUUGGCAGCGACCGCGACGCUUUUUCGUAAUGGCUGCAUGCCAGACGGAGAAACCUCCUCGGAGUCGGCAGCGGCAACAAGUCGGAAGGAACGCCUGGAACCACUUCAAUCAGGAGUUCCGAACAACGGACAGAAACGUGGAGAUGAAGAAGAGUCAACUUUUGAGGUUUAA